AUGUUCGUGAGCAACGACGAGCCCGGCGAGGCCAAGGAGGAGCCGCGCGCCGCGCCGGCGGCCGAUGUGCCGCGGCGGUCGUCGCGCUUCUGCUGCGCGCGGCCGCGGCCGGCGCCGGCGCCGGCGGCGGCGGCCGACGAGUUCGACGAGCCGCCGCCGGGCCCGCGCGCGUCGCCCCGCCGCGGCGACGGCGUCCAGGAGUGGCUCGACGCGCUGCCCGGCGGGGACCGGCGCGCGGCGUCGGCCGUCGCGUCCGAGGCCGAGCGCCGGGGCCUGGGGCGGCCGAACCCGCUCUGCGCGCUGCGCUGGGCGCGGAACCACGGCCUCGACGCGUCCCGGGCCGCCGCGGCCUACGGCGACCACUGCGCGUGGCGCAAGGCCGAGGCCGUCGACGGCCUCGAGCGCGAGCACGCGUCGCUGCCGCCCAUGCGGCGGCGCACGCUCGAGCGGCUCUACUUCUACGACCCGCCGCACUCCGAGCAGCUCCACGACCGCAAAGGCCGGCCCAUCAAGGUCUUCGCCACCGCUCGCCUCGACAAGGCUGGCAUGCGCGCCGCGGACGUCGACACGGCCGCGCUCGCGCGCUACCACCUGCUCCACAUGGAGCGCCUGCGGCGGGGCCGCGAGGACCGGCGGCCCGUCCUCGGCGACCCGUCGCUCGGCAUCCUCGAGAUCUUCGACGUCAAGGACGCGACGAUCUCGCUCUUCCGCCGGUCCUUCGACGAGAUCAUCGCGUGCGCGCGCAUCAACGAGAGCCGCUACCCGGGCCUCGUCGGCAUCACCUUGAUCGUCAACGCGCCGUCGACCUUCGGCUACUGCUACGCCUUCGUCAGGCCCUUCCUGUCCUACGAGACGCAGCGGCGCAUCGAGGUCGUCCCCGGCGACCCGCGGAAGCGCAUCGGCGAGCUCGUCGACGACGCCAACAUCCCCCGCGAGGCCUACCGCCUCUCGCCCGACGGCCGCCCGUAA